AGUUUCAGACUUCUCAUGGUGCUAACCGACUGCGCGUUUAAUUCGUUGCUUGAUUGACUUGCCGCUUUAACAAGCUUUUAUAAACAAAAACAGUUAGGCAAACACUUUGUCUCGUGUCGCGUCUACCUGUCUGUCUGUACGUGUCUCCGUGUGUGCUUCUAACAGAGUGUAAGUUGUGUGUGCGGCUGUGCAUUUUGUUUGUAUGUAGCUUAUAGCUCCACACGGUGCGCCCUCAUUGUGCUCUCGUGCAAAUGAAAAUUUCAUUGAGCAGAAAGUAGCCGCAGAAAAGUGGAAAAUCCUAAACAGCCAGCCAAAAGCAAAAAAUAAUUAAAAAUCACUUCAAGUGAAAGAAAGAAAGAAACAAACAAGCAAGCAACAAUUUCCAAUUCAAUAAAAAAAAAUAACAAAAUAAACAUCAAUUAAAUUUUGUGGAUUCAACUGCGAAAAACCUAAUUUACGCCAAUUAAUUGUGGCUGCCGCACGAACUGUUGCAAGUUCAAUAAACGCUGCAGCGUUAAUUAAUAAUAAACACCCAACAGAAGCAGCAAAAGCAACAACAACAGCUGGGAAGAUGCAGUGCGGUUUGGAGCAAAUGAAUGAUUGCGAACGCUCUCCGAAUCGAACAAAUCUCCGCGUCAACUUCAAUGAGAAGGGGGCAGAGGUCAAGGAGCGUCGUGAAAAGUUUCUUACCGCCAAAUACGGUUCACAUCAGAUGAGCUUGAUCCGGAAGCGACUGGCUGUCGAGAUGUGGCUAUACGAUGAGUUGCAGAAGCUCUUUGAUCCACCGAGCGAGGCCAUCGAUGUGGAUAUUGAUGAAAUUUUAGACAUGGACACAGAUGACAUAAGAAAAUCUCAUCUUAUUAGAUUACUGUCAGUCUGCAAACGCCCGCAAUCGGACAUAUCGAAAUUCAUCAGUGAUCUUUUGGAUCGGGCAAAAACGCUGUAAAUCGCUGGAUCCAUAACAAAUACAAAAAAUAAAUCAUUAAAGAUAAACAUAAACAAUAUAUACAUACAUAUACUUACAUAUAAUAUUCAAGCGAAAUACAAUUAAUUUUAAGUUUAGCUGCUUUAAGAUCCACAUGAGAACAAAGAAUAAAAUUUAUACAAAUUAUUGUUUAAAAUUGUCA